AUGAAUUCCGGCAGCUCCGCCUCUCCCUACUGGCCCGACGCGUCAUCCGCGUCUAGUGCUGCUCAAACUCACAAUCACCACAAUCACUCUUAUGCCACUGGCAGCCCGUCCAGCGCUGGCGCGCAGUACGGUGCACAGAGUGGCUAUAACGGGAGUAGCAAUGGGUAUUCAGUACACGGUCAGGCGCAACAAUCGCCAACGCAGGCGUCGCUUUAUCACUCCCAGCAGCACCACGCUCAUCGCCCGAGCUUGGGGCUGGCUAUAGGCAAUAAUCGCCAGCAGGGUCCAGGGAGUUCAUCCUCGUCGUCAUUGCAAUAUGCACUUCGUCCUCAGACCCAGCACACAUCGCUUUCGGCGCACUCGUCGCCCCAAAACCCGGCCCCAUCCUCGUUUUCUCCUAGCUCGUCGCUGUCUACGUCACUUUCACUUUCGUCGCUUUCAAGCGCAUCUUCGUUGAAUUCAAAUUUGAACUCAAACGUGGGAGGAGGCGAGAUGGCCAAUCUCUCACCUAUCAGCCCUCACGCGUUCGCCCCUCACCAGUCUCGCGACAGGAGCGGGAGUAUGAGCACACACCCGCAGUCACAUAUUCUCAAUCAGCAGAGCCAGGGCCACCAUGCUCAAAAUCACGUCCACUACCAUGUGUAUCAGGGGCACGAAGCCCGGACAGCGACUUCUAAUCAGACAGCCCACGCAAAUAUUAAUAGCGAGGCGAACUUCGACAUAAACUCGUCAAGGCUGUAUGCUUUUGACAACAAUGGUCACGUAUCGUCAACAUCUGUCUCUAUUGCAUCUGUACGUCCUGGUUCUGGAUCAGGGUCUAAUUCAGGCUCCGGAAGCGUUGGCAUGGACUCACCGCGUUCUGGACUUGCAAUGCACUACAAUCGUUCUACGAACCCACAUGCCCAUAGCCAGUCGCCGUUUGCCCAUACGCACCCACAGCCGCACACAAGACCCCCUUACACAGCGCAUACAGGCAGCUACAAUUCCCACGAUAAUCGUAAUCCCCAAGCGUACGCCUCAGUACCAAGGACGCAUGUAAAGACGGAGCCGGAUCUUGAGGAGUCGUGUUCGCUUCACCAUCGCGACCCAGCGGCUUCCCCAGAAUUAUCGAACAAUGCCGGAGGGAGCGGAGGAGCACGAUUCGUCAUGGAACACCCGUACCCGUAUCAUUAUGCCUCACCCUCAGUCCGCGGAAGAGACAACAAACGUAAGUCUGAAGCUGGAUUGCGUCAAGGAAGGUCCGUCUCCCCGCUUUCGCCGCAAUCUGGCGCUUCGUAUCCGCCCACUAGUUCGGCCGAAGGUUUACAAUCCCCGCAAGACCUUGGUAGUGUCUCUGCGCAACCAAACUUUCAGGAAAGUCAGCCGCAACAUGCCCCGCACUCGCUGACAGCUCCUCUCCGCGCGGUUAAUGCUAGCGCACCAAUGCGCGCAUGCAUGGGUGUCUUCCGACUCGAUCCCUUCGCGCAACUGAACGGAGUGGCUCUGCGCUGCGGCGGAGGCUUCGUCUCCGACAAUGACCCCUUCCUCUCAGGCGACUUCAGUUCAAAGAGAUCAAAGGGGAAGUCCAAGAACAAGUCAAAGAAGAAGACCAAGGGGAAAAACAAGAAAAGAAAGCGAAGCAACUCGGACUCUGCUUCUCCUGGACUGGACGACGAAGAUGGAGAUGAAGACGAAGAUGCGGAGGACGAAAUUGACGACGCACCGACGUGGGAUGGCUUACCUGCUGGACCGUUGACAGAAGAACCUGUUCUUCUAGAGUUCCAGCUGUAUUUUGAAGGUAUGGAAGUCGAGGGUGAGGAUCAUCAAGACGUCCCUGCCGUAGCUGUCAACGUCGUCGAGCAAGGUAACGAAGAAGAGUUGGAAGACUUCUUUGAUGACUCUGUCGAUAGCUACGGGCGCACGUACCUAACGAGGGGACACGAAGAGUCGACCAAUAAUCGAGUCGAGAGAGAGAGGGAAAGUAGGCUGGACAGGCUGAGCUUACGAGCGAUGAAUAGGCCCACUGAAGACGCGAUGAUCAGCCGACGCAAUAACACUGCGUAUGGCUUGGAAGACCGCAAGUCUGACGUCCAGCAUCAUGAACAUGGGCAUGAACGUGUGCAGUCACGCCUUGUACGAGCACGCGCUGCAACGACGGGUGUUCUCGAAGAAUAUUUGCACCUUAACCUUGAUGUGGACUUGGAUGGUUGGGUCUCUGCAGAACCCUCGCCGACGACGCCGCACCCGCUCUCGCAGACCCACUCGCAGACCAGCUCCACUGCUUUCUCUCAGACACAGCAUGGCUCAGCGUAUUCGCGGACUCCGGACUCGACCCCAACGCGUAUACCCCAAUUAGGCGGCAACAACAACAACAACAACAGUACAGCCGAUAACAACUCCUCCUCGCCAUUCAAUAAUUUUACGAACACGCAUAACAUCAAUGGCGUUUUUUCUCGGUCACGAUACAUCGACUCGUCAGGGUAUAUACGUCUAAGCGAUGCGCAUGUGCAGAUGAGCUCGGGCAAUUCUAGUAAUGCACCUUCCGGGCAGCCUUCCAACCCAAGUCCUUUUGCGUCUUCUUUCUCAGGAGCGACGGGUACGGGCGCAGUAGCCGCCACACUUCAGCAACUCCGAACACAAGCUGCGUUACGCGCGGUCUCAGCACAUACUCAGAAUAACUCCCUUCAGGCUUUGUCUAGAGGAUAUUCAGAAGGUGGGAACGCUCAGCGGGGAAAUGGGCCUGCAAACUCAACGACUGCAGGUGGGGCGACUGCGCAACCGGCAGGGGGAGCAGGAGGGGCGGUGAACUUCACUCCAACGCCUGCGAGCGUCGCGGCAGAGAUGCAGUCUGGAUUACUCGCCUCCAGUCGUUCACACCAACAACAGCAGCAAGCACAGCAACAGCAUCAACAACAAGGGUGUAGGAUGCGCGCGACAUCCGUUUCUCACAGGAUUGGAGGGAACAGUAACAAUAACAACACCUCCGCUUAUUCCUCUUACGCUCCCGCCGGAGGUAUCCCUCCCUCUUCCUCAUCUGCUUCACGAUCUGGGUACGCAUACGCGGACUACGUUUCCAACACACCCCCAUCAGCUUCCGACACAAAUAACAGUCUAGCGGGAGCCCUUACGCUCCCCACCUCCGCCUCUAGCAUGAGCCCGAGUCCGCCUCUCCUGACGCACGCACUUAACCAGGGAAGCGGUGUUCGUUCUAGUACGGGCGUGGUCGCAGAAGGAGUGGAAGCUGCUGCAUAUGGAGCCCCAAGCGCCAACGCGAUUGAGAGGAGGUGGAGUGAUGCCUUGCAGCAGCGCGUGCAUGCAUAA